AUGCUCUCAAAUGCAGGAAAAGUCUUCCAGGAGGGGAUUGGAACGUUGAAGCACAUGAAAGCACAGAUUGUGUUGGAAGAUGAGGCAGUCCCCAAAUUUCAUAAAGCUCGACAGGUACCGUAUGCCCUUCGUCCGAAAGUCGAGAAUGAGCUCCACAUACUGGAAAACGAGGGCAUAUUAUCCAAAGUUGACUGGUCUGAAUGGGCGACGCCUAUAGUUCCAGUAGUGAAAGGAAAUGGCUCGGUACGUAUCUGUGGGGAUUUUAAAGUAACCAUCAAUCCAGUCCUGAAAGCUGAACAAUACCCCUUACCGCGUAUUGAUGACAUAUUUGCAGCACUGGGCCAGGGUAAGCGGUUCUCAAAGAUUGAUCUAGCACAGGCGUACUUACAGAUGGAGAUGGACGAGACUUCUAAAAAGUACCUGACGAUCAACACCACAAAAGGUCUCUAUCAGUACAACCGCCUGGUCUUCGGCAUUGCCUCAGCUCCAGCAAUAUGGCAGAAGGCCAUGGAACAAGUUCUGCAAGGCAUACCAAAUACACAGUGCUAUUUGGACGACAUUGUUAUUACCGGAAUCAAUGAUGACGACCAUCUUGCAAACCUGGAAAAAGUACUCAAGAGAUUGGAAGAUUUUGGAUUACGGGCCAACAAAGCCAAGUGUGAGUUUUUCCAGGAUACCAUUGAAUACUGUGGUCACAAAAUUGACAAAGAUGGACUACACAAAUGCAAAGACAAAAUUGAUGCUGUCUUACAGGCACCGCCACCACAGAAUGUUACUCAAUUGCGAUCAUUCUUAGGCUUGUUGCCACUGAAACUUGCUUGCGAUGCUUCCCCAUACGGGAUUGGAGCAGUGCUAUCACACAGGGUUGCUGAUGGAACAGAGCGACCAAUAGCAUUUGCCUCAAGAUCUUUGAAUGCAGCAGAACGCAACUAUGCGCAAAUUGAUCGAGAAGCUCUUAGUUUGGUCUGGGGAGUGAAGAAGUUCAAUCAGUACUUGUACGGAAAACACUUCACGCUUCUUACAGAUCAUAAACCGCUAGUGUCAAUUUUCAACCCAACUAAGGGGGUUCCAGCAAUGGCUGCUGCACCAUUGAAUAUAAAGGCACUCUUCAGCAUGGGAAUGCUGACGGACUUUCCCGGCUGCCGCUACAACCGCCACCGCCGGAAAACACCAAAGAACUCGUGA